CUGUACUGAGAGUCUCAGCUCAGUUACGGUAGUAAUACAAGGAGAAAUAUAAAUAUUUUUAAAAGAUGCUCUGUAACUAUAACAACACAUUAUUGUUUUUGUUUUUUUUGUACGCUUGUUCAGCACUGUUUGAGCGGUGGAACAUUCAGCUUUGUUUCGUACAGAGGGGUAACUCCCCCGCCUCCGUUUUUUUUUUUUUUUUUAAAAGUAACAGCCUGAAACAAAGACACUGAAUUAUUAACAUCUCAGGUAAGUCUCCACGCUAUCUUUUUUUUUCUUCUUCUUCUUUCAAAACAGCUUUAUUUUUCUUUGUUUUGUUCCACCGUAACAGAAUUAUAAGCCUGUGUUUGUAACGGUUUUAUUUAGUUAAAACAACACGAGUUGUUUAAAGCGCUUCAAAAUUAAACGUACUCGUAAUUUAAAAAAAAAAAAAAAAAAAAAAAAAAAAAAAAAAAAAAAAUCAAAAAAAACCACAGCGAUUUAAAUGGAUACAUUCUUUAGCAUUAAACCACGAAUAUUUCCAUUAAGUUAAGUCCUGCGGGCGUUUGGAGUUCUGAUUCAGACAGGGAGAAAAAUAAGAAGCCCCACAGUAAUGGAAGUCCGAGCUUAUUCGCACUGGGUUCAUGUCUGAGCCCUGAAAAAAUGCUUCGCAAGGAAUCCACAUGGAGAGUGCAGGUGGUCAAGGGCUAGGAAUCAGAAGAGUUACAAGUCUGGCAGACUACACACUUCAGCGCAAUCUUCACCACAAGACCAUGGCACAGUGACAACGGUUUCAUUUUACAGGAGCAUCAGAAGCACCCUUGUCAGAUGUAAAAUGAGAUGUUAUGGAGGUAUAUAACAGGAACCUGACUUACUGUUGGAUAUGAGGAAUAUAGGUUGUUUCUAAAGGACUGAAAGAAUGGAGGGUUUUUGUACAGCUUAAUGCAAGGGCAGAGGAGAGCAGCAUGAUAGCAACUGGGGGUGUAAUAACAGGUCUGGCAGCCUUAAAGAGGCAGGACUCGGCCAGAUCCCAGCACCAUCUGCCUUUGCCUACGCCACCUUCUCCCCAAGAGAAAAAGAGAGCGAAGCGGAAGCCCCGGGCAGAUGUGGUGGUUGUUAGGGGCAAGAUCAGAUUAAACUCCCCUUCUGGGUUUUUUCUUAUUCUUGGGAUAUUGAUCUCAAUGAUUGGGAUUGCAAUGGCAAUGCUUGGUUACUGGCCUGAAAAGGAGCAUGUCUUAACAGCAGAAUCCAAACUAUCAACUAAUGACACACAGGUUACACGUGACCGUGGCGGGAUGGUGUCUCAGUUUUUUGAGCAGCACUUGCAUUCUGAAAAAAUGAAAAUGCUAGGACCUUUCACCAUGGGCAUCGGCAUCUUUAUUUUUAUUUGUGCUAAUGCCUUACUACACGAGAACAGAGACAAGGAGACCAAAGUGAUACACAUGAGAGAUAUCUACUCCACUGUUAUUGACAUACACAGCCUGAGGAUCAAAGAACAGAAAUGCAUGAAUGGGGCCUUCACCUGUCCAAUUGGGGAAUCUGAGAUGAAAAAGUAUGAGAACCAAUGUGCUUCGAAGUUAGCUGCUAAUACUCUGUUGACUUUCUCUGACCUUGGUGAUGAUGUCAUAGUGACACGGCGAGAGAGCUGUAUUGAGGAUUAUGGUUUAGCUGAUGAACCCAAGGGAGGCUCAAACCUCCUACUUCCAAUACGCAAAGAAGGAUCUGGUUCUGUGUUUGGCUUCCAGACAGAAAGCAGCAGGCUAAAAGAAGACAAAAAUAUGAACUCUAAAAAAUGUGAAACCAAGUCUAUUGUCUCAUCUUCAAUUAGUGCUUUUACGCUUCCUGUAAUUAAACUGAAUAACUGUGUGAUUGAUGAGCCUGAUAUGGAUAACAUAACGGAGGACUCUGAACUCAGUAGAGGUAAAUCUCGACAGCCUUCCAUGGAUUCCCUAGCAGUUCCUUCAAUGGAUAUUACUGAAACAUACAAACCUCCCAGCCCUAUGCUUCUAAUCAGCAACUCAGCUAGAGAGUGCCCAACCUUUUCAUCCCUCUCUCCAGGAUCAGCAAGUGGGAGAUACUUAUCGCCUGGAGCUGCCCGGAAGGAUUUUGGUUCCAAUGCUUCCCUCCACAUGCUGUCUGCCCAUUCAAAAUCCUUAGAUUUAGAUAGAGGACCUUCCAUGUUAACUGUUCAGCCUGAACAAAGGAAACAUCCAAGCUGGCCAAGGCUGGACCGCAGCAACAGCAAAGGCUACACAAAACUCGAGGAUAAUGAGGAUCCAAUGGACAGAUUGCUGGUCCCACAGACCUCAAACAAAAGGGAUUAUACUAAAAAGGAAAAACUACUUAUGAUCUCAAGGUCUCACAAUAAUCUGUGUUUUGAACAUGAAGCAUUUAUGAGCAACACCUUAAAGCGAGGGACAUCGGAGACAAGAUUCUAAAUCUCUUUUUUUUUUUUUUUUUAAAUGUACAUGUCUGUCGUGAUCAAAGUUUAUAGAAAACUAAUGUUUGCAAUAAAGUGGGUGUCCUGAAUGGUAAAGUUUGCUAGUUUGUGGCAUAGGUGGUGUAGCUAAUGUUUGCAUAAAAACUGUGAAACUCAAAACAUAUCUGUGUAUCUAGGCGAUAAUCAGGUAAAGCAAGAGGAAACCUAAGGAAUCAAGAUUUGAAACCGAUAAGAUUGUGUAAAAUAGGUAUAGCUACAUUUAAAAAAAGAAAAAAAAAUGGUGAAACUUGGAAUGGACGUUACUUAAGAUGUUUUAUUUUAUGAAAUCAGGGUUAUAUAAUUUGUGUCAAGGAUAGCUACAGGAUCUAUAUGGUUGAUCUGGGCUUGAGUUUGACACAGUGAUCUACUUUUUCAUAUAUAAAGGCUUAUUUAUAUCCCAGACAGGACCAUGUUUUUUUUAAUUUAAAAUGUGCUUGGUCUUUUUGCUGGAAGGCCAAUGUGUAAGGUGGUUUGCUGCUAUCAGCUUGGUAUUGAUGGAGCUAUUUGUAGAUAAUAAUAAGCUAGUUAUCCUCAUAUCAGAGAUGUACUGGGUUAUAAAUACAUAUGUAAGCAGUAUAUCCAAAGAAUAUACCCCUACACUGCUGCCAUAAGUGACUCAUGCUUUUAUAUUUUAAUGUGCACUUCGGGCUAAAAUGUAGGUUAUUUACAUUACAUGAUAUGUUAGUAAAAAAAAAAAAGUAAUAAUUAUACAGUACAGUAGGAGGGUGGAUGCAUAAAGAAGAGUAUACAAAAUACUGACUAGCAUACCAUCAACAAACUGGUAAGUUUUUAGCCUGAAUCUAUAAACAAAGGUUAGUCUUCAGGAUGUCAUUCACGUGGACUCUCAUUAUAAGAGUUGUCAUUUGUUCUGGUAUGUUGUUUCCUUCUGUCGUUGUUAAUGGACUUUCUAGCAGUCCUGUGUGAGAUCAGUGCUCAGGUUUUUUUUUUUUUUUUUUUUUUUACUUUUUUGACCCACACAGUAAGCUGAGAUUAAAAUGUUUAAUGUUUACUUCACGUUGUUAAAAAUAUUGGGGGGCGGGGAUUGUAAUUUUCCAAAUAGCAGUACAUGUUAACACGCUAAUAACAAAGACUGGAACAUUACUCGUGUUUUGUGUGUCAAGAGCAGUAUUACUCUUUGUAUGCGUAUUUGUUGUUUAAACUUUGAGUCUGUAUACUGUAACAGAGUUGUCUAGAUAUUUUGCUAUGGAGCUUUUAAUAAUUCUGUCAGUUCUUG